UCUACCUUGGUGAAGGUAUACUGGACAAGUGUUUACCUGAAAGCUGCUUUUAGGAUGUCUGAAGAUGACGAAAAAGUUAAACUCCGUCGAAUUGAGCCUGCCAUUCAGAAAUUCAUUAAAGUGGCAAUUCCAACAGAUUUGGAAAGGUUAAGAAAACACCAAAUAAAUAUUGAGAAGUAUCAGAGAUGCAGGCUCUGGGACAGAUUGCACGAAGAGCACAUUAACGCAGGACGAACAGUUCAGCAACUCCGAGCCAAUAUGAGAGAGAUGGAGAAACUCUGUUUGCGAGUCCGACAGGAAGACAUCCCAGUUCUGCAGAGAAUGAUAAAUCCAGUUAAAGAGGAAGCUUCAUUUGCCAUAAAAGACUUCCUGCAGCUCCAUUCUGAAUCUGCAGAAGAACUUAAAAAGCAACUCGAAGGACAGGAGGAUGCCUCUUUAACCAGAUCUGAAACUGUAGGAGGAGGUAAAACUUUAUAUAACACGGAAGUGAAGGACGGCUCCCAAAGUUUAAUCCAGAUCUACUCCCGCCUUCCCGAAAUACCUCAGGAAGAAAAUGCAGCUGAGUCUUGGGAAACUUUAGAAGAGGACUUGAUUCAGCUUAGCCAGUUGGUGACUGAUUUUUCUCUCUUAGUCAGCUCUCAGCAGGAGAAGAUUGACAGGAUUGAAGACCAUGUCAACAGUGCUGCUGUGAAUGUUGAGGAGGGAACCAAAAACUUGGGGAAGGCUGCAAAAUACAAGCUGGCGGCUCUGCCUGUGGCAGGUGCAGUCAUUGGCGGAGUGGUGGGGGGUCCUAUUGGUCUCCUUGCAGGCUUCAAAGUGGCAGGAAUUGCAGCUGCACUUGGUGGUGGGAUUUUGGGUUUCACAGGUGGAAAAUUGAUACAGAGAAGAAAACAAAAACGGAUUGAGCAGGUCUCUUCCAGCUGUCCAGAGCUUUCUCGCCAAAGUGCCAAAAAAUCCAACUGAAGUAUAGAUUCAUUCUGACUAGGAACAAAAGUGUAGUAGCCGUGCUAAUGACGGACUUGCAGCCUUAUGCUUUAAAUACAAGGCUGAGUUGUGUGAAUUUUGACGACAGUACUGUUACUUGGGAGGGGUGAAACAGUAAUGUCAGAAUUUCUCUUUUCAGAUGCGAUAAGUGCCAUCAGUCCUUUGAAAAUUAUAUGGAUAACUUUUAAUUAUAAAAUUCUUAGGUGAGCUAUAUGCACAGCUGUAGUGAUGGGUGACAGGUGCUUCAUGCUAAAUUUGCACAAAGUGUCUUGCAGACAAUACAAAGAGAGAUAUUUGGAAAACCCUAGUACUUUCCCAUGAACGCCACCCAGAAGCUGGAGCUUCUAUUAUAGAGCUCCAAAGAAAAGGAAGUAAGCUCCGUCUAUUUUUCAUGGUCAUAGUACUUUAAAUUUACUUUCAUUUAUCCGGAUUCCUAAACUCCUCCUGUGUAUACCCCCAGGACGCGACUGACUAUGCCUGUUCAGUAACGCACAGGGAAGCGUUAGUUGCCAUAGGAAAAGGUUAAAACCUUAACCUUAAGGUUAAGGUAGAAAAAACUCUUAUGUACCUCCCACAUCUGCCUCCAUCAGCCAAAUCAGAUCAGCAUCAUAAUCAGCUUUUCCCCUUUUUCAGGUACUUUUUUUUAAAAUUUGUAAACUCCUCAUCUUGUUAAAAUUGUAGUUAAGAGUUAAACAGUCUAAGCAGCACCGCUGCAGGACUGCUACUGGAGAAUAGUAAUUUUCCACGGCUGUUCAACUCCUUGGCUUGUCCUGAGAGCACCGUACAGGAUGAAGUGACAAGCUCUGGCAUUCUGAGCCCGAAGCCUCAGCUUGCUUAAGCAGCGCUUACUGCUAGAUGUUGCCCUUGCUUCUCAUCUCCUGUCACCGACAGUGCUCCGGUGGUAGAGCCAAACGGCUUCCCUGGAAGGCAGUGCUGCAGCCAGGCCCACUCCCUCCGUAGUCUUUAUUAUCCCUCAAGGGUGGCGUUAGGCACCAGGUCAAAGGAUGGUGAAGCAGCGAGGCCCUUUAAAGGGUGCUGGUGUCAGCUGACAUCCCCAGAUGAUGGGACUGUUUUGAAAAUGUCAACCCGAUACCGCUUACAGUAAGCAAGCCAUGCUUGUCUGGGUCAGCUGCACACCUUCUGCAUGCUGUUCAGUUCUGAAACGUCUGCUUCCACCCGCACUGUAGAGUAGCUUCUCAGCCUUUCCAAGACUUUGGGACAUGCUGUGGAGCCUGUAUGGGGUGAGGUGCUGUUAGUGCUUUUGCUGGCUUUUUAUAGGGGAUGCCUGUUAUUCUUAACCAUCCUUAUUUCGCUGCUUAAGAAGCCUUUUGCUUCUGAAACUUCCAUUGUUAAAUAUGGGAGUGUUAACGUGUUUUUAUUGUCACAUAAUCGUACUAUUGUCACAUAAUCUACUGUUCAGCACAUGGUCCUACCUCCAUCCUUCCAGGACAGUUCCCACGCUUGCUGCUGCUGUUUGGGGGGAACAGAAAUUGAGGUUGGGAAGCUGCUUUUUAAAGUUUUUAAAUUGUUCAAUUCAGCCCGAGCUCUGCUUGAGUCCAGUUUUAUUAGUUGAACACUGAAGUCAGUGUUGAGUGAUAAGGCUCCCUAGCAGGGAACACUGUGUAAGGAAGCAUACUAUAGAAAGAGCUCCCUUUUCUUAACCAGUACUUUGAUAUCAUCAUUGGAAAUAACUGUCUGCUAAUGACAGAUGAUAGGUUUUUGUGCCUAGAGACACUGUAAGCAACUGUUAGUUACAGCACAAAUAUCUUUUUCUGAACAGUUCUUUCUUAUUACUUUUAAAAUAUGAUUGAAAUUGCUAUCAGUCAGAGCAUUGUGUCUAUUUUAAGUAGGUCUGAGGCUCAGGGAAGCAACGUGUGCAGGAUUAGUUUUCACAAGUAAUUGCAAACAUUGUCAAAACUGCAUGUGUUAAAGUCACAGUGCCUACAUCUGUAAAAUCAGCUGGAGUGGAAAACAUGACCCACGUAAUUCAGCUCAUUUGCUCCUGUCAGGCAAAAAGCGCUUUUCUUUAAAUGUAUCUACUUUGGAUGUAAACACAUUUAAUGAGCUUGUAACAACUUCAUACUAAAGGCUGUUCAUUCCUUUGAUAUGUAAUUAAUUUCUACAUUUAAAGGACAAAACUAAGAAAAAAAAGUGUUCUUAAUUAGCAACUGCGGUUCAUUCUUUGUAUGAUUUUAAAAAGCUAUGUCUGCUUUCCUACUGGAUGCUUCGAAACCUUGUGCAUUUAAAUGACAGCAGCCACAUCAGACAUUGAGGAUUCCACCCUCUCCCCCCAAGCUGGACUAAUGCCAGGACAAUCUAAAUUCAUAAAACUGAAUUUCUGCCACAGCUUAUACAAAUUCAGCUUGGUGUGCGCUCAUUUUAUGAGAUGUCUAGCACAAAAACUAUUCUCCCCUCCUUGCGUCUAAGGAAGCAAUUUCAAAACAUUGUGUACAACACUGGACUUGGGAGACUAUUACUUAAGCUAUGAUUUUUUUAAAAUAGAUGCGUUAUUUACAUAUGUGAAGAAACACGGGCAUCUGAGUAACCGAACUAGCAUUUAAAUUGCUAGGCAUGUUAGUCAGAAGAAAUGUAGGAUAUACAUAAUUCUUUCAGACCAAAUAAAAAUUUUUGCCUAUGAGACUGGUUGUAGUAUU